GCGCCACACAGCCAAUAUCAGCCUAAUGCACUGCGGUGUCUGUGUGUAUAUGUAUCCGUUGUCAGUGCUGAGAAAAGCAAAGGAUCACACUGAGAGCUUGUCAUAGGGUGGAGCUGCCAUCUCGCUGAUUCACGUUAACAUCUCGUCUCGCCGAGUCUUGAGACUGUGCGGUGCUAUCACGAAUUUAGGUGUCUCUUUUCACAUCUUUUGGAACAUCUUUUCGUCGUGUUUUCAUCUUUAUAUAAGAACACAGUUUUCAAGGAAUACAUCACCUGAACGGGGUUGGUGACAAAAUGUCCAAACGUCACAUUUUCAAUUUAAAUGGGACAAAGUUUGAGUUGAGCAAGCAAGUGUUUUUUAAACUCGUGGAGUGUAAAAAUGUCGCUCUCCCUGAACCGGAUGUGACAAACAGUAAAGGAAAGGAAUACUUUUUUGAGAGGAAUGCUGGGUGUUUUGAAGCCAUCUUGGAAUACGCGCAACACGGGACUCUUCACAUGCCUGCCACCGUGUGUCCAAAUACGUUUCAACGAGAGCUGGAAUUUUGGAGAGUGGACGCCAGGCUUAUGGCUCCUUGCUGCUACCGGAAGUAUUUGGCUUUCUUUGACGAUGAACGAACCCUGAAACGAUUUGAACAAAAUAUACCCCUGCAAGAACCAAAGGUGAAAGGUCAAUCCAGCAGAGGUUGUAGAGCAAGGACGUGGGCGCUGCUUGAUGACCCAUCUUCGUCUGUCGGGGCAAAGGUUUACCUGGGAGUCUCAACAGCGUUCGUCUUGAUAUCGCUGUUCGUUUUAGCAGCAAGCACCCACCCCUGCUUCCAACGAGAUCUUGACGAGAAUGAAUGGACUUUGGUUCUUGGAAAAGAUGGCUACAACAAACACAAAGAUCGAUUACCUGUGCAUGGACCUCCCAAACCCGUCCAAGGUCAAGUUCAAGGUCAGGCUACAGGUCAAGUUCAAGGAGGCGGUAGAACAUCCCCAAUUCCUGUUUCGGGGACACCGCCUCCUGACCCUACUGCCAAGUUAGACGGUGAAGAGAAGGAGGAUGAACUGGAUAUCGAUACGGCCUCAAUGCACUCGCGGCAAAUCUUUUUGACGUAUAUGGAGUACGCAACUAUAGCCUUCUUCACUCUGGAAGCAAUAUUCAGAAUCAUUUUCUGUCCUAGCAAGUUACGCUUCUUCCGAAAUUUUCUAAACAUAAUGGACCUCGUAAGUUUGGUUGCAAUGUACACGACGACCACAGUUGAGAAUCUCCUCCCAGAAGAGCGGUACAAGAGCUCGGUUCUGGAUUACGUGGAAAUUCUGCAGAUUCUGCGAAUUUUCCGAGUGUUCCGAAUCGUUAAGGACGUGAUCGGGUUCCGCGUUCUUGUUUAUUCCCUGCAUUCCAGCGUCCGGGAAAUAUUUCUUCUCCUCCUUUACCUCUCCAUCGGAACAGUCCUCUUCGCCAGCGUCAUGUACUUCCUGGAGAGAGAGAACAUGCGCAGUAUCCCUGACGCCGCUUGGUGGGUGGUCGUUACCAUGACAACAGUCGGGUAUGGAGAUAUGUCACCGAUCUCGCUUCAGGGGAAGCUGCUCGGAUGCCUUUGCGCCAUCUGUGGGGUGAUUCUAAUCGCCGUCACGGUGCCAAUCUUUGUGAGCAACUUCCUACUAUUUUAUACGUAUUCAAAGGCGAUCGAGGAGAUUGAGGGCGGUGAGCAAGAAGGCAGUGAGUCUGUUGACGAGGCAUGGGGACGCAUAACUAGACAAGAUGGCGUCCAGUUUAAGACACGCAUGGCGGAAGCGAAAAAGGGAGUUAAUACAGUGAAACCUCAAGAAACGAUUAUCCUGGAUGAUGUAAAGUUUUGAUCUGAUAGCUGCAACACGUUUAACUCGAAGUUAAAGCGGAUUUAAGUGCAGCUUCGAGGUAAAAUGGUGAAUAUGAACCUGCAGUCAUUAGUAUUUUUUUGUUCCGGCGAAAAUCGUAAAUGUUAAAUCGACAUGUAUUCGACGAAUGUAAGACGUCAAAUUAACGAUACGUGAACUAGGGAGGUGGUGAAUGACAGCUGACACAAGCCCAAUCAACCACUGCGCCACUGUUUGCUAUGCAGAGUUGCGUCCCUUGGGUGUGCCAGCAAACUGCACGUGUGAUCGUUGGUUCGAUUUGGGUUCUUCCCGCAUGAAGCUGAUACGCUGUGAUCUAACUGAAAUACCGUUUUCCUGCGUUUAACCGUCCACACUCACACACUCACCCCAGUAAAACGAGCAAGUUGUCGAGGGUCGAAUGUACGGUAUCGGUUUCAAAUCAGAUUUUGUUAUUGUUAUUUUAUUAUUGAGAUAGACGUGGGUACAUGCGUAUUUACAUGUUAUAACUAAAUUGCAAUAACCUAAAUGGCUCAAGUUCAGUAAACUACGGUUAUAGCGAACUCAAAGGGACUACUAAUAUUAGUUCGUUAUAACCGUAGUUCGUUAUAAGCAUAUAUACAGCAUAACUACAGCAAACAGUCGGGACCAAAAAAGUAAGUUCGUUAUAUCCGUCAGUUUGUUAUAUGCGUGUUCGUUAUAACCGUAGUUUACUGUAAGUUGUUUUGGAUCCAGUCACAUUUGAAGCUUUAAUACAUAGUCAGCAUCACGUCUGACACGUGGUUCCUACCCAAGCCCAUAUACUUCCAGUAAACAGUUAUCUUUCUACAAAUUUAGGCAAAAAUAUUUGUGUUUUAUUUUAUUCUAUUGAUAUUUUUCUUUUCUAAAUUAUGUUUUUGGUCAAAAUGAAAAUAAUUUCCGGUACAAUCUGAGACCAAUUCGAACAUUAAUUUGUCGAUCGUUUGCUGAAUAACACCGACACGGUCUUAACAAAUAAAACUGUUUGUUGUCGAAUUUUGUAAAGAGGUAUGUUGACGUCGAACUUGGUAAAGAGGUUUGCCGACGUCGAAUAUUAUGUAAAGAGGUCUGUUGACGUCGAAUUUGGUAAAGAGGUAUGCUGACGUCGAAUUUGGUAAAGAGGUAUGUUGACGUCGAAUUUUGUGAAGAGGUAUGUUGACGUCGAAUUAGGUAAAGAGGUAUGUUGACGUCGAAUUAUGUAAAGAGGUAUGUUGACGUCGAACUUGGUAAAGAGGUAUGCUGACGUCGAAUUUUGUAAAGAGGUAUGCUGACGUCGAAUUUGGUAAAGAGGUAUGUUGAAGUAGAAUUUGGUAAAGCGGUAUGUUGACGUCAAAUUUGGUAGAGAGGUAUGCUGACGUCGAAUUUGGUGAAGAUGUAUGUUGACGUCGAAUUUGGUAAAGAUGUAUGUUGACGUCGGAUUUUGUGAAGAGGUAUGCUGACGUCGAAUUUUGUAAAGAGUCAUGCUGACGUCGAAUUUUGUGAAGAUGUAUGUUGACGUCGAAUUAUGUAAAGAGGUAUGUUGACGUCAAACUUGGUAAAGAGGUAUGCAGACGUCGAAUUUUGUAAAGAGGUAUGCUGACGUCGAAUUUUGUAAAGAGGUAUGUUGAAGUAGAAAUUGGUAAAGCGGUAUGUUGACGUCAAAUUUGGUAGAGAGGUAUGCUGACGUCGACUUUUGUGAAGAUGUAUGUUGACGUCGGAUUUUGUGAAGAGGUAUGCUGACGUCGAAUUUGGUAAAGAUGUAUGUUGACGUCGAAUUUUGUGAAGCGGUAUGCUGACGUCGAAUUUGGUAAAGAGGUAUGUUGACGUCGAAUUUUGUAAAGAGGUAUGUUGACGUCGAAUUUUGUGAAGAGGUAUGUUGACGUCGACUUAGGUAAAGAGGUAUGUUGACGUCGAAUUAUGUAAAGAGGUAUGUUGACGUCGAACUUGGUAAAGAGGUAUGCUGACGUCGAAUUUUGUAAAGAGGUAUGCUGACGUCGAAUUUGGUAAAGAGGUAUGUUGAAGUAGAAUUUGGUAAAGCGGUAUGUUGACGUCAAAUUUGGUAGAGAGGUAUGCUGACGUCGAAUUUGGUGAAGAUGUAUGUUGACGUCGAAUUUGGUAAAGAUGUAUGUUGACGUCGGAUUUUGUGAAGAGGUAUGCUGACGUCGAAUUUUGUAAAGAGUCAUGCUGACGUCGAAUUUUGUGAAGAUGUAUGUUGACGUCGAAUUAUGUAAAGAGGUAUGUUGACGUCAAACUUGGUAAAGAGGUAUGCAGACGUCGAAUUUUGUAAAGAGGUAUGCUGACGUCGAAUUUUGUAAAGAGGUAUGUUGAAGUAGAAAUUGGUAAAGCGGUAUGUUGACGUCAAAUUUGGUAGAGAGGUAUGCUGACGUCGAAUUUUGUGAAGAUGUAUGUUGACGUCGGAUUUUGUGAAGAGGUAUGCUGACGUCGAAUUUGGUAAAGAUGUAUGUUGACGUCGAAUUUUGUGAAGCGGUAUGCUGACGUCGAAUUUGGUAAAGAGGUAUGUUGACGUCGAAUUUUGUAAAGAGGUAUGUGGACGUCGAAUUUUGUAAAGAGGUCUGUUGACGUCGAAUUUGGUAAAGAUGUCUGUUAGCGUCAAAUGUGUUAAGGAACAUUUAUUUGCAUAUUGACAUCCCACUUUCACCACAUGAUUAUUUUAAUACAACAGGCAUGUAAUUAAGCGCGCACAUGCUGAAAGUAUAGAUAAUAGUUACAUAAUCGAUAUAUCAGGCCUUCACCUAUGCUGCUGAACUAACUUUACUGUUUUCUGUUGACACAUCGGAGACGCCUGGUAUUGACACGCACUGGGUUAUCUUGAUACGAAACAGAACUUAAUGCAUGUAUGUAGCAAUCCCCUGAGGGUUCUGUAAUUAGCAAUUACGUUUCUGUUAUUGCAUAUUUUGCCUUAACGCUUGUUCAUGUCGUGGCGGAGGAUUGAAACGACCACUGUCCAUGCAGGUUCUGACUCUAGCCCAGACAGUGAAACCCCGUUUAUCCGGACACGUGUUAAUCAGGACGCUUUGGAACGCCAAUAUCACGCUCCGUAUUAACAGGGUUCCACCGUAUUUCCAUUUCAAAGUGCGAGACACCCAGUGGUUGAUAGCUGGGCGAUGAUUCUCGCCUUCAGGGCAUGAUGAGGAUAGACAUGUAGCCAGGUCCCACAGUGGGAAAAACCCGAUCUCAUUACAGUAACUUAAAAUUGAAAAAAAAUGGCAACCAUUUCAGUAAAAAUGUCAUUAUUUGUUAUUUACAAAUAAAACGGUAACAUCAAAGAUGGAGAUGAAGAUGAUGAUGAAGUUUAUCUGACCUUUUUUUUCGGAGUCUAAUAAACAAGUUUCACCUCGAAUCAAUUAUCGAAAUCCAAAUUGGUACACAUUGCAUUCCCUAUUCCAUUAUAUUCGAUAAGUUUCAAUCGCUAUUUAUAACUUUAUCAGCAUAUCAUGUUUGUUUAUUUUUUUAAUUGUAUAUGUGCCCUUUUCUGUAAAUUUACGAAUGUGUCUAAAUAUGUAUUCAUGUACCUUUUAUACCACUGUUUUUGGCCUGGGCGUAAUAAAGUUCAGUUCACUUAUGUGGGGGAUCGGGUGGCCACGUGGCAAAGACUCAACAACGUAAUAUACAGAAUUGUGGGUUCGAGUCUCAAAGUAUGUCCGAUUAUGACCCUUGAUUUGUCGAUGCUGCUACCACAGGCACUACAUUGUUUUUGGCAUCUAACCGACAGUGAUAUACAGUGACAGUAUUGUAUACACCGGGAUUAAACUGAACCUCAUCAGUCUCUUUACAGAUGCGUCUAAAUAAGAUGCGUAAGUCGUGUUCGGCAUUGAGAUUAGUUUUGUUUUUGUUUAUGCAACUAAGUUGCUGAAAUUAAAGCCAUUGUUGUAUAGUUUAGGGAUUGUUUUGUGUACAGUAAAACUUGAUAAAUUGAAAUAUCAUCUGGUAUGUUGUCUUUAUAAGCUGGUAUGUUGUGUUUAUCAGCUGGUAUGUUGUCUUUAACAGCUGGUAUUUUGUCUUUAUCAGCUGGUAUGUUGUGUUUAUCAGCUGGUAUGUUGUCUUUAACAGCUGGUAUUUUGUCUUUAUCAGCUGGUAUGUUGUCUUUAUCAGCUGGUAUGUUGUCUUUAAAAGCUGGUAUGUUGUCUUUAUCAGCUGGUAUGGUGUCUUUAACAGCUGGUAUGAUGGCUUUAUCAGCUGGUGUGUUGUCUUCAUGUUGUUUUUAUCAGCUGGUAUGAUUGCUUUAACAGCUGGUAUUUUGUGUUUAAAAGCUGGUAUGUUGUCUUUAUCAGCUGGUAUGGUGUCUUUAACAGCUGGUAUGAUGGCUUUAUCAGCUCGUGUGUUGUCUUCAUGUUGUUUUUAUCAGCUGGUAUGAUUGCUUUAACAGCUGGUAUUUUGUGUUUAAAAGCUGGUAUGUUGUCUUUAUCAGCUGGUAUGGUGUCUUUAACAGCUGGUAUGAUGGCUUUAUCAGCUGGUGUGUUGUCUUCAUGUUGUUUUUAUCAGCUGGUCUGCUGGCUUUAACAGCUGGUAUGUUGGCUUUAACAGCUGGUAUGCUAGCUAUAACAGCUGGUAUGUUGUAUUUAUGUUAUCAGUAUCAGCUGGUAUGUUGUCUUUAUCAGCUGGUAUGUUGGCUUUAUCAGCUGGUAUGUUGGCUUUAACAGCUGGCGUGUUGUUUUUUAUCAGCUGGUAUGUUGGCUUUAACAGCUGGUGUUUUGUUUUUUAUCAGCUGGUAUGUUGGCUUUAACAGCUGGUAUGUUGUCUUCAUGUUAUCAUUAUCAACUGGUAUGUUGUGUUUAUCAGCUGGUAUGUUGUCUUUAACAGCUGGUAUGUUGUUUUUAUCAGCUGGUGUGUGUCAUGUUGGCUUUAACAGCUAGUAUGUUGGCUUUAUGAGCUGGUAUGUUGUCUUUAUCAGCUGGUAUUUUGGCUAGAGCUACUGUGCAUUCAUCAAGUUAAUGACUGAAAUUAUGAACAGUUGCUUCAGUUGUAUAUUUCUCAUUUCUAAGAGUGAGAGUGAGUGUGAAUUUUGUUUUACACCGCUCUGAGUAAUAUUCCCAGCACCGCGGAGAACACAAGAAAUCGUCUUCACACAUUCUACCCAUGUGGAGAAUCAAACCCGGGCUUUCAGUGUGACGGGCGAACACUUUAACCACGGGGCUACCCCAUCGUUCCAGUUCAUUUGAAGGGUUACCACAGUUUAUAACCAGGAGAAUCUCUCUGGUCAGGUCAAUUUUACCCGAAAACUCAAGAAAAUUAAUGUAAUGCACCAUGUGUUUUGUAGGAUCAGGUACAGGACAGGAUUUUUAAGGGAUAUUAUUUUAUAAUAAUUAAUGAGUGAAAUGCACAAGGUUGUGUUAGGUUGAUACAAAGUUUCAUAGUCAACAGUUUUAAGGAAGGAACAUAUUUAUUGUGCACUGCUUUAUUCAAUGACGCGCGGAAUUUAUUUUUGUAACAUGUUCUCUAUGUUUAAAUAAAAUGUGGCCUCCCCUA